AUGGAUGAAAUUUGUUCACCAUAUCUAUUUGAUAUUAUGAAAGCUUCAACUUUAUUUUUACUCUUUCAACUAGUAUAUUUUAACGUCGCUUCGUGCUUUAUACUAGACAAGGACUACAAACCUAACAUAUUCGUUCUAACAGAUAUUAGUAACGAACCAGAUGAUGCUCAAUCACUUGUUAGAUUAUUGUUAUAUUCUAAUGAGUUAUCAAUAAAAGGAAUUGUUGCUACCACAUCUUAUUGGCUAAAUUAUACUGUUCACGACGAAGAUAUUUAUCCUAUAUUAGACGCUUAUGAAAAAGUACAUCCUAAUUUGUUGAAACAUUCCAUAGGUUAUCCAAGUCCUGAUUAUCUUAGAAGUAUCGUCAGCAUUGGUCAUCCUGUUUAUGGAUUAGAUGCAUUUAACUAUAACGAAAUCAGUGAAGGUGCGAAGAACUUAAUUGCAGCAGUUGAUAAUACCAAUCUUAAUGAAAGAAUGUUUGUUCUUGUGUGGGGUGGUGCAGCUGUUUUAGCAGAAGCUUUGAAACACAUUUCCUCUAGACCUGAGCAGGCUAUUGAACAAUUUGUUCUGAAGUUGGGAGUUUAUUCUAUUUCGGAUCAAGAUGAUGCAGGCCCAUGGAUUAGGAACAAGUUUCCCUCACUUUUAUACAUUUCCUCAGUUCAUGGCUUUAAUCAAUAUGGUCUUUCAACAUGGGUGGGAAUUUCAGGAGAGAAAUAUAACCCAUUUGACUUUGGGGGACCAGAUACAUCAUUAGUAACAAAAGAGUGGUUAAAUGAGAACAUCCGAUCUGUGGGACCACUAGGUGCUGUAUAUCCUGAGCCCAUGUUUAUAAUGGAAGGUGAUACGCCUGCAACAUUAUUUGUUCUACCAAACGGCUUAAAUGUACCAGAAAAUCCCAAUUUUGGUAGUUGGGGAGGAAGGUAUUCUUUAUUUGAUCAAAGUGGUAGAUCUAACCACUAUGCAGAUGCUACUGAUUAUGUAGUGGGUCAAGAUAAUCGUACGCAUGUAAGCAACAAGGCCACCAUAUGGAGAUGGAGAGAAGCGUAUCAAAAUGAUUUUGCUGCUCGAAUGCAAUGGACAAUAGUUGAUUUUGAAUCGGCUGUACAUGCUCCUAUCAUUGUCGUUAAUAAGACAAAUAGUGUAAAACCGUUUUCAGUUGAAGCCUCUGUUGAAAGUAAAAUUUUCUUAGAUGCAUCAGAGAGUUAUGACUUAAACAACCGUCCACUCUCCUUUAAGUGGUUUCACUAUAGGGAUGUUACAUUGACUCAAGGAAACAUUGAAGAGGUACCCGAAAUUGAGAUUAAUAAGCUAAAUGAAGAUGGUUCCGUUAUCUCAUUUACGACUCCAUCUUUUAGUCAAGCCUGCUUGAAUAUUUUUGGCAGACCAAAUAUAUCAGGUUGUAAAUCUUACCAUAUUAUUUUAGAAGUAACUAAUAACGGUACACCAGCUUUAAGAUCUUACCGAAGAUUCAUUAUCUAUACCGAUAAAGGAGAGGAAGAAAUACAAGAAGUUGAAUUUAAACAAUCUUUCUUUAAUGCAGAAAAUAAACAUGAUGAGCUUUAA